AUAAUGGAAACUCGAACGAGUCUACUGUUUUGUUUGUGGGCGAGCCUGUUUGUUGCGUGUUUGGGACAACGCGCGGAACAGUUGCUGGCACAAAAUCCUUGCUCGAGUAAGACGACAUGUAGCGACUGCGCUCGCACGCCGACCUGCGCGUGGUGCUUCGCCUCCGAGUUCAAUGGGCCCCGCUGCUUCAACCCCGCCAUGGAGGGCGGCACCGCCGGCUGCGAUGAAGCCUUUAUAUUUAAUCCCGACAAUCAGCAAUCCAUAGAUCCAUUUUACAAUCGGGAACUUACAAGAGCGAAAGGUCGAAUGGGUAUAGGCAUGGAGUCCUCUUACUAUGAGCAAUCUAUGAGCAGCAGCAGCAGCAGUAGCAGUAGCAGUAGCAUUAAAGGAGGAGGCUAUAUGGGAGGAGCGGCAGGGGGUGAAAACCUAGUUCAAAUUAAGCCGCAAAGGGUGAAACUACAGCUGCGGAUGAAUCAAAUGCAAAGAAUGACAUUUUCGUACGCGCAAGCACAAGACUACCCAGUGGAUCUCUACUACCUCAUGGACUUGAGUAGAUCUAUGAAGAACGACAAAGAGAAGCUCAGUACGCUCGGGAGCUUACUAUCAAGCACCAUGAGGAAUAUCACAUCGAAUUUCCGAAUCGGAUUUGGUUCGUUCGUCGACAAAUUAGUCAUGCCAUAUGUUUCGACCGUGCCUAAAAACCUGAUAUCGCCUUGUGACGGCUGCGCGGCGCCAUACGGUUACAAGAAUCAAAUGUCUCUCAGUAACGAUACUGACUUCUUCGACAAAGCCGUGGCCAGCGCCGACGUGUCCGGCAAUUUGGACGCGCCCGAGGGAGGCUUCGACGCGAUCAUGCAGGCCGUAGUCUGCAAGGACGUGAUCGGAUGGCGAGAGCACGCCAGGAAGCUCCUUGUUUUCUCCACCGAUGCCGGCUUCCACUAUGCUGGGGACGGAAAGUUGGGAGGUAUUGUUCAACCAAACGAUGGUGAAUGCCACAUGGAAAACAACGCGUAUACUCAUUCUACAAAACAGGACUACCCUAGCAUUUCACAAAUUAACCUUAAGGUAAAACAACACGCGAUAAACGUGAUCUUCGCGGUGACGGCGGAGCAGAUCAGCGUGUACGAGCAGCUCAGUCGCCACAUCGAGGGCUCGAGCUCCGGCAUCCUCAGUGACGACUCUGACAACGUUGUAGACCUCGUUCGUGAACAGUACAAUAAAAUAACAUCGACUGUUGAAAUGAAAGAUACAUCAAGUGAUGCUGUGCAAAUAGUCUACUACUCUUCGUGCCUGGGCAGUAAGGGUAACAUGGUGCAGACUAGUAAAUGCGAUGGACUUAAAGUUGGUGAUGUUGUCGAGUUUACAGCUGAGAUCACUCUAAAAGAAUGUCCAAAAGAUCCUAGCAAGUGGAAACAAACUUUCAGCAUAUAUCCAGUCGGCGUGUCUGAGAGUCUUAAUGUUGAAUUGGAAAUGCUCUGCGAUUGUCCAUGUGAACAUCCUGGUCACCAUGCGUACAACGACAGCCCCCUGGUGUGCAGCGGCGAGGGCACGUCGGAGUGCGGCGUGUGCGUGUGCAAGCCGGGCCGCUUCGGCAAGAAGUGCGAGUGCUCGGCGCACGGGGGCGUGUCGCUGGAGCAGGAGCGCGGCUGCCGCCCCACCAACGCGACCAGCGGCCCGCUGUGCUCCAACCGCGGCACGUGCAUGUGCGGCGUCUGCGAGUGCAACAAGAUGGAGGACCCGCUCAAGGUGAUCUCUGGACCCUUCUGUGAGUGCGACAACUUCACAUGUGAUAUGAACAAGGGUCUUCUCUGCUCUGGCCCAGACCACGGAGAGUGCAUUUGUGGCAAGUGCAAAUGCCACCCUGAAUACAGCGGACCGGCCUGCCAAUGCCUUAAAGACCAGGCUCCAUGCAUGUCGCCUGAAAACGGAAAAAUAUGCAGUGGAAAUGGAAAGUGCGUGUGCGGCCAGUGCGUAUGCAAUGUUGAUAAUGACCGACACUAUUCUGGAAAAUACUGCGACAAAUGUCCGACGUGCCCCGGCAAGUGCGAGGACUUCAAGCAGUGCGUGCUGUGCGAGGUGCACCGGCGCGGGCCCGCGCUGCGGCCCGGCGCGCCGCUGGAGUGCGGCGACUGCGCCCUGCGCCCCGAGAUCGUGGACGGCAAGCUCGAAGCAAACGAAACGUUGAACGAACAUUUAUGCAGUUUUUACGACGACGAAGAUUGUCUCUAUGUGUAUGUCUACUCCUUCAAUGAAACCCAGCACCUUCACAUCAGAGCACAAAAGGAACAUGAAUGUCCACGAAAGGUAUUCAUUCUCGGUAUCGUGCUAGGUGUGAUCGCUGCGAUAGUACUGAUAGGGCUGGCGCUACUUAUGCUCUGGAAAAUGGUCACCACCAUCCACGACCGUCGCGAGUUUGCGCGCUUCGAAAAGGAACGAAUGAUGGCCAAAUGGGAUACGGGUGAAAAUCCAAUUUACAAGCAAGCAACAUCUACAUUCAAGAACCCAACAUAUGCUGGAAAAUAGAAAUCUACGAACAUUUUCAAAGCAGGCAAAAGAAUAUACAGUGAUGCUAUGCUAUCAAAGUAAUUAAGCGAGCAUCUUCAUACCACAAAAGUUAUGCAUUUGACUUUAGAAUACAGCAUUUGAUAUAAAUAAUAUAUUAUAUAGACAUUUUUAGACAUGUUUCUUGACUUAUACACGUAGAAGCUACUGCACAUGAAGAAGCCUUAAUAUGUGCCUUUGAAAAAAAAUAUUAGGAAAGCAAUAUAAACUAGCCGCUUAAUAUAUAGACAACGUAAUAUGUGUUAGAUUUUGUAAAUUGUAUUUAAAAUCAAAAGGAUCUGUUUAAAUCUCAGAUUUUUACACCAUUUUUGAGUACGCUUUUUGUACUUACGUAUCAUUUCCGUUGGAGAGUCUUAUUAUGUGAACACAAUCUUAUUUAUUUAAUUUUCUUAAUAAUUCUUUUGAUAUUCGAUUUUGACUUAUCUAAAACCAAAUAUUGUUUGGCAAAUAUUAAGUUUAAAUUGUGAAAAAUAUCACUGUUUAGAAAUUUUUACUAUUAUUGUGUUAAUUUAAAAAAAAAUUAUUAAAAGAUUGUGUGCAAAAUACGACAAUCCAAAUUGAAAUGAGAUUUAUAUGUGUGAGUGUUUGAUGUACGUACUUACCUAUGUGUAGGUUUUAUAUAUUGAAUGCUAUAUGGUUUCAUUUGUAAACUAUGUUCCAUUUGAUGAAUAGUUCGUUAAUAAGCGCCGGAAAAUUGGAAAUCAGUAUCCUAUUUUAUGAUAAGUGUAAGUAUAAAUUUUCAUAUAAAAUCGAUGGUUUAUAUUUCACAUAAAUGGAUAUUCUGUGCUUGUGAGUAAUUGUGUUUUACGAAUUAAUAAUAAUAAUUAAUAUUUAAAAAAAAUGUACUGCCGCUUCUACUUCUGGUCUAGUGCCUUAAAAUAGAAUUUAGUGCCAUUACUAAUCGUAUGAUAUUAAGAAAGCGUUAUUUAUUUUGACAAUAAUAUCGAGUAAUAUAAAAAACAGAUUUAUUUAUAAUGCUAGCAAUUUAAGUUUAAUUUUAAUGAAUUAAUCAAAGAUCGCGCAAUUGUUUUUACUUUACUUAAAUUAGUACGAUGGUGAAUUAUGUAUUUGGAUUUUGUUUUAUAGUAAUUUUGUGAUACAUAAAAUGCUAUGAUUAUUUUUUGUACAUAUUAUUAGUUUCUCCAUUAUAGCAGUUUUGGACUCGUACAAAUAAAUACCUAAUAAAAUUAACACAAAAAA